AUGCCGAAAAAGAGCAUGCGCGACGCGUUGCGCGAGGCACUUCACGAAGAAAUGGAACGGGAUGACAGCAUUAUCGUGCUGGGUGAGGACGUGAUUACCCACGGCGGUCCGUACGCCGUGACGCGGGGUCUUGACGAGAAAUUUCCCGGUCGCAUUCGCCAGACGCCGAUUUCCGAGGCGGGCAUUGUCGGCACUGCCCUCGGCGCGGCGCUGUGCGGCAUGCGCCCGGUGGCGGAAGUCAUGUACGUCGAUUUUGCCACCUGCGCCAUGGACGAGGUGGUGAAUCAGAUGGCCAAGGUGCGCUACAUGUUCGGCGGCCAGACCGACGUGCCCGUGGUGCUGCGUUUGCCGUCGGGCUCGGCGCGGCUGCUGGCGGCCCAGCAUUCGCAAUGCCUGGAGGCGUGGUUCCUGCACGUGCCCGGCCUGCAGGUGGUGGUGCCGUCGACGGCGUACGACGCCAAGGGCCUGAUGAAGACCGCCCUGCGCGGCAAGGACCCGGUGCUGUUCAUGGAGUACAAACGGCUGUACACCAACGAGUGCGAGGUACCGGACGAGGACUACGCGAUACCGUUCGGGCAGGCGGACGUAAAGCGGGAAGGAGGCGACGUGACCAUCGUGGCCACCGGCCCCAUGGUGCCGAAGGCGCUGGAGGCGGCCGAUCUUCUGUCGCCGGAAGGCAUUGAGGUCGAGGUGGUGGAUACCCGCACGCUGGUGCCGUUUGACAAGGCGACGGUGUUCGCUUCGGUCGAAAAGACCAACCGGGUGAUCGUGACCGACGAGGAGGUGAAGCGCGGCGGCACCAGUGCCGAGAUCGCCUCGCUGAUCGCCGAGGAGUGUUUCGACGCCCUGGACGCGCCGGUGAAGCGCGUGGCGGCGGCGGAAGUGCCGAUGCCGUUCAGCCCGGAACUGGAAAAGCUGGUGGUGCCCAAGACCGAGCAUCUGGUCGCCGCGGCCCGCGAACUCGUCGGCUAG